AUGAGAGCACAUGUAAUGACGUUAGCCAACAGUAUUAUCGGUGUUAGCAUACUAGCUAUGCCAUUUUGUUAUAAAGAGUGUGGAAUAAUACUUUCAACAUUAUUAUUGGUAUUAAGCAAUUUAAUGUCGAGAGCUUCUUGUCAUUUUCUAUUAAAGUCUGCUAUUAAAUCAAGGACUAGAGAUUUUGAAUUUUUAGCAUUCCAUUUGUUUGGUAAAAUAGGAAAAGUCACUGUUGAGUUGAGCAUUAUACUGUUUCUUAUGGGAACCUGUAUUGCAUUCUUUGUUGUUAUGGGUGAUUUAGGACCACAAAUUAUUGGUGAUAUGUUAAACAUAAAAAAUACUACAGCUCUUCGUCCAAGUAUUAUGAUUGGUUUAGCUGCAUUUGUAGUAUUGCCGCUGGGGUUAUUACGUGAUGUUAAUAGUUUAAAUACAAUUUGUACAGCAGCAAUAAUAUUUUAUGCUUGUUUAGUAUUUAAGAUUUUCGUUGAAGCUUUUGACAAACUUUUCUCUUCUGUUUGGGUUUCAGAAAUAUAUUUUUGGAAACCAGUUGGUCUUUUCCAAUGUUUACCAAUAUUUUCAAUGUCUCUAUUUUGUCAAACACAAUUGUUCGAUAUAUUUGAGACGAUCACAAAUGAAUCAUUGGAUAAGUUAAAUGCAAUAAUACGUUCUUCAAUGAAUAUGUGCACUAGUGUUUACAUUAGUGUAGGGAUUCUAGGAUAUAUUGCUUAUUAUGAAUCAGCACUAACAGGAAAUAUUCUUACUAGUUUUUCACAAUGUCUGUCCAGUGAUAUAAUUAAAAUUGGUUUUGUUAUGUCUAUUGCUGUUAGUUUUCCUCUGGUCAUAUUUCCAUGCCGUUCAUCAAUAUACUCUCUACUUGCUACAAAAGACUAUGUACUCGUGUCUGGAGGAAGACAGCAUAUUGCAGAAACUCCUUUCAAAUGCAUCACAUUUUUUAUUGUACUAUUUUCCUUAGUCACUGGUCUUUUAAUGCCUAAUAUUGAAGUCGUAUUAGGACUGAUUGGAUCUACUAUAGGUGUUAUGAUAAAUGUUAUGUUUCCUUCUAUGUUUUUAGUACGUGUGGCAAAUAAAAGUCCUAAAGAAAGGUUUUGGGCUAGAUUUAUAUUUUUUGUAGGUAUUUUCAUUAUGGUUAUGGGAACUUCAGCUAAUCUUUAUGCUAUACACCAAACAUUUUCAAGUGUGAAAACAGUUCAUAGAGAAGUUGAAACAUUGGAUUUGAAACCUAUGCCUACACAACAUGGCAUUAUAAAUCCAAAAUUAAGAACAUCCGAAGAAAUACGAGUAGAACCUCCUAUUCCUGUAGAGCCUGUAGCUAAAUCAAAUUCUGAAAUAAAAGAAGAAAAAUUAUUAAAAGUAGAUAGUGGAAAUACUAUUAGUAAGGAUGCAAUUAAUAAAGAGGAUGAGGAAUUGGAAAAACGACCUGAAAUAGAAUUACUUGAAAAGUUAAAAAGUCAUGAAAAUGAAGAGAAAAAAAUAUUGGCUGAAUCCAAACAAAUUUUAGAAGAAUUAAAAGGAGCUCGUCAAGUACAGUUAGAGAAAAAUAAGAAAAAAACUGUUAACAAUGUAAAGGAAUUGAAAUUAAAUAAUAAACAAAAAGAUAAAAAAAAUGAUACAUCUUUGGACGAAAAGAAAAAUCAGUUAGUUAAGGAUAAGAUGCCUUUACCUUUAGUAUUGAAAGAAGCAAACAAACCUAAUAAAAAAAAAAUAGAAGUAAAUAGAGAUAAACGAGAUUUGACAUCAACUGUAGAAAGUAAUAAUGAAGAAAAAGAAGAAAAUUGUAAUAAAAAUGAAAAGGUAGAAAAUAAAGAUUUCACGAAAGAUAAAAAUAUUGAUAACAAAAAUAUUAUUGAAAAUGUAAGUGUAACAAAUUAAAUACUAGACAUAGUAAACAUAUCCAUAUCUUCUUCCCACCAUUCCCACUACUGUGGUUGAUCUCUAUAUUUUGCAAUACUUUAUAUAUACCUAAUUAUAAUAUAAUUGUAAUAUGUACUUACCAUAAUUAAUAAAGCUGCAAUAUUUUUU